GUUCGGAUCUUUUAUUGUGUUCACAACCUCCCCGAGAAAUCCUCUCUCCCAGAAAGAACUCAUAUUCUCGGGGACAGACCCCCGCCAUUUAGUGAUCAGCAAGGUGGCCUCACCGUUCCCUGAGCGACUUCUCCGCUUUUGCCUGGCCCACCCGCUGAUCACGGACAUGUCCCGGGACCGGUUCCGGACUCGCGGGGGCGGCUUCCACCGGCGCGGUGGCUGGCGAGGAGGAGGCCUAAGCCAUGACUUCCGUUCAGCGCCGCCGGGCAUGGCCCCGAGCCAGAAUCGAGGGCUGCUGGGGCCAGACCCGGUCCAGACCGGACCUAGGCCUUCCAUCCCUCCGCCUCCGGCGCAGGUAUCGGCGCAGCAGCAAGCGCAACAGGCGGCGGCGGCCGUAGCGGCCCCGGUGCAGCAGCAGCAACCGGCGUCGUCCCCGGACCCCGAACCGGGGCUCCCUCCGAGCAGCAGCCCCGAGCCCACAGUGGGCACCGCCGCGCCGGCCUCCGUUUCCGCGCCGCCCCCGGGCUCGGGGGAACCUCAAGGCCCAGGCUCGGCGACUUCGCAGGCCUCAUCCGGACCGUCGGCCCCUCCCGGGGAGCCGCAGCAGACCUCUUCAACCCCAGCCUCCGUGUCCCCCGACUUGAGCGGGGGCCCGCCUCCUCCGCCCCCGGACUCCUCUGGGCCUCAGCCUGGUGCGAGCCCCGGCGGGCCCAAAGGCAAGAUGCCCGGAGGGCCCAGACCUGGUGGGCCGGGCCUCAUUCCUCCCGGAGGACAUCCGAAUCCGCCACACCGGGGCGGCGGGGAGCCCCGCGGGGGCCGGCAGCACCACCGGCCGUACCACCAGCAGCAGCAGCAGCAGCAGCAGCAGCAGCAGCCGCCUCCCCAUCAUCAGGGUCCCUCGCCCGGCGGACCCGCGGGCGGCAGUGAAGAGAAGAUCUCGGACUCGGAGGCUUUUAAAGCAAAUUUGUCCCUAUUGAGGAGACCUGGAGAGAAAACUUAUACCCAACGAUGUAGGUUAUUUGUUGGAAAUCUGCCAGCCGAUAUUACAGAUGAAGACUUUAAAAGAUUAUUUGCUAAGUAUGGAGAACCUGGUGAAGUCUUUAUCAAUAAGGGGAAAGGAUUUGGAUUCAUCAAACUGGAAUCGAGAGCUUUGGCAGAAAUUGCCAAAGCAGAACUUGAUGAUACACCUAUGAGAGGGCGACAACUUCGUGUUCGUUUUGCCACGCAUGCUGCAGCCCUCUCUGUACGAAAUCUCUCACCCUAUGUUUCCAAUGAAUUAUUGGAAGAAGCAUUCAGCCAAUUUGGACCUAUUGAAAGGGCUGUGGUAAUUGUUGAUGAUCGAGGAAGAUCUACAGGAAAAGGCAUUGUUGAAUUUGCUUCCAAGCCAGCUGCAAGAAAAGCAUUUGAAAGAUGCAGUGAAGGAGUAUUUUUGUUGACAACAACUCCUCGACCAGUCAUUGUGGAACCUCUUGAGCAGUUAGAUGAUGAAGAUGGUCUUCCUGAAAAGCUUGCCCAGAAGCAUCCAAUGUAUCAAAAGGAGAGAGAGAACCCUCCACGUUUUGCUCAGCCUGGCACCUUUGAGUUUGAGUAUUCCCAGAGAUGGAAGUCUUUGGACGAGAUGGAAAGGCAGCAGAGGGAACAAGUUGAGAAAAACAUGAAAGAUGCAAAAGACAAACUGGAAAGUGAAAUGGAAGAUGCAUCUCAUGAACAUCAGGCAAAUCUUUUACGCCAGGAUCUAAUGAGGCGUCAAGAAGAACUGAGAAGGAUGGAGGAACUUCACAAUCAAGAAAUGCAGAAACGCAAAGAAAGACAGUUAAGGCAAAAGGAAGAGCAGCUUAGAAGAGAAGAAAUGAUUCGGCAGCGUGAGAUGGAAGAGCAAAUGAGACGCCAAAAAGAAGAAAGUUACAGUCAGAUGGGAUACAUGGAUCCUCGGGAGAGAGACUUAAGAAUGGGUGCAGGAACAAUGAACAUGGGAGAUCCCUAUGGCUCAGGAAGCCAGAAAUUUCCACCUGUAGGUGGUGGGGGUAUAGGUUAUGAGGCCAAUCCUGGAGUUCCACCAACAGCCCUGAGUGGGUCCAUGAAGGGAAAUGACAUGCGUACUGAGCGCUUUGGGCAGGGAGGAGCUGGGCCUGUGGCUGGGGAGGGCCCUACAGGAAUGGGACCUGGAACUCCAGCAGGAUAUGGUAGAGGGAGAGAAGAGUAUGAACGCCCAAACAAAAAGCCCCGAUUUUAGAUGUGAUAUCUAGGCUUUCAUUCCAGUUUGGUUUUUUGUCUUUUCUUGUUUAGACACCGAUUUACUAAGAAAGCUACAG